AUGGCUGUUUACGCGUUUUACAUCUUUAGCAGAAAAAAUGAGUGUGUUUUUGCACAUCGCUGGAAACCAGCGGAUUCCAAUUCAAUGGAGACAUUAGUAUCCCAACUAGAGUCUGCAACGUUUGAAGAAGAUGUCGAAAAACUUAUAUUCGGUGUGAUAUUCUCUCUACGAAAUAUGGUUCGCAAAAUAUCUAAUGGUAAAGACGACUUUCUGUCGUACACGACCAGUCAAUACAAGCUUCAUUUUUAUGAAACUCCUACAAAUCUACGUUUGGUUUUUUUUACAAGUCCGAAAGUCGAACCUUUAACCCAUGUUUUGCACCAAAUCUACGCGACUCUUUACACUGAGUUUGUAGUGAAACACCCUCUUUACACGCAGGUGCCUCCCCCUUUGGAGAAAGGUGGAAUUAAUUGCGAAAUGUUCCGCAUUACGUUAGAUCGAUUUGUACGCACGCUAAGCUUUAACGAAACUGACAAUAUUUCGUUAGUUGCUUUUAAUGUUUACGGCCACAUUACUACAUACUUUAAUGAACUUCUGUAUACGUGA